GGACGUUUGAGCCAGCUCAGGAGCCGUAGUUGGUCGGAGGCCGGCCGUGGGGGAUUGUGGGAGAAGAUGGCGGCCGCCGUUCAACCCCGGUUCGUCCGGGCCCUGCCAAUGUCACGUUCUGCCAUUUCUGCAGUAGCCACAUCUGUGGUUCAUGGCCCAUCCUGUCGCCAGCUUCAUCAUGCUCUCAUUCCUCAUGGAAAAGGUGGACGUUCCUCUGUCAGUGGGGUUGUGGCCACUGUGUUUGGAGCAACAGGAUUCCUUGGCCGAUAUGUUGUCAACCAUCUCGGACGGAUGGGGUCACAGGUGAUCAUACCCUAUCGAUGUGAUCCUUAUGACAUUAUGCAUCUUCGACCCAUGGGUGACCUGGGCCAGAUUAUCUUUCUGGAAUGGAAUGGGAGAGACAAAGAUUCUAUCCGAAGAGCAGUGGAGCACAGUAAUGUGGUCAUCAAUCUUGUUGGACGAGAUUGGGAAACCAGAAACUUUGAUUUCGAGGAUGUUUUUGUGAAGAUUCCCCAUACAAUAGCUCAAAUUUCUAAGGAAGCUGGAGUUGAAAAAUUCAUCCAUGUUUCCCAUCUGAAUGCAGACAUUAGAAGCUCUUCUAGAUAUCUGAGAAAUAAGGCUGUUGGAGAGAAGGAAGUGAGAAAUGCAUUUCCAGAAGCUACCAUCAUAAAACCAUCAGACAUCUUUGGAAGAGAGGAUAGAUUCCUCAACCAUUUUGCAAAUAUUCGUUGGUUUGGUGGUGUACCUCUUAUUUCCUUGGGCAGGAAGACUGAGAAACAACCAGUGUAUGUUUCAGAUGUAUCCAAAGGAAUUAUUAAUACAAUUAAAGACCCAGAUGCCAGAGGAAAAACCUUUGCCUUUGUUGGACCCAAUCGUUACCUCCUCUUUGACCUGGUACAGUAUAUCUUUGCUAUGGCUCACAGACCCUUUCUCCCCUAUCCCGUGCCACGUUUUGCCUAUCGAUUGAUAGCAAGACUCUUUGAAAUAAACCCAUUUGAGCCUUGGACAACGAGGGAUAAAGUGGAACGGAUGCACAUCACAGACUUGACAUUGCCUCAUCUGCCCGGCUUAGAAGACCUUGGUAUUGAGGCAGCUCCGCUGGAACUCAAGGCCAUUGAGGUGCUGCGGCGUCAUCGCACUUAUCGCUGGCUGUCUUCUGAAAUUGAGGAUGUGAAGCCCGCCAAAACUAUCAACUAUUAGUGCCCCCUGAGCAGCCUUGAUUUCUGGUGUCAUUUGGGCUACCCGGCAACCUACAUUCUUUAGAGGAUCCUAUACAUAGUGAAUAAGAUCCUUCUAUUAAAUGUCCGAGAGUAAAUUCUGCUGUGUUUUCUUUCUUGAUUUAUAAAAUAAGAAAUUCCAGCCAUUUAGAACUUGAGUAUAAUUUUUUAAAAAUAUAUAUAACAAUGACAUGUAUAUUAUUUAUUCUCUGAAAUGUUGGAGGGUUUGAAUUUCCCUGUCGAGCCACUUCUAGCUUGUUUUAGAAAACUUGAUUCCCUCUUUAUUGCCAAAAUAUUGAUGAUCUCAGAGGAUAUAUAACUGACUUUUAGUUUUAGGAAAAUAUGUAGUCCCAUGAGGAAUCUAAAUUUAUUCAUGCUAUUUUACAAUUUUAUUUUAAAGGUGUUUAUACAUUAAAAAAUCAGCAGUACGUGUAUUUAACAGUCUUGUCUGUGGACAUGGAUUCUCAAACUCUUAUAGUAGCUCUAUGGUCAUCUGGGAUCUGUGCUGAGGUCCCCACCCAUGCUGUUAGGAACACCUUUAUAUUAUUUCAGACACUUGGGUAUAAACAGAUUCUUUCCCAUGCAAAGAGAUGCCUCAGCCUAUUAUCAGCGAUGUCAACUCUUACAAAUUAGAACUUUUUCAUAAUUUGUUAAUAUUGCAGCCAAGAUCCAAAUGAAUGAUUGGUUUAGUGUUGGCAAAUCCCUCAGUACAGUAUGGUUACAAACUUCCAUGAUUUCUGGCGAAGUCAGUCCAUCAUCAUCCUAAGGACCCCAAGGUUUGUCAUUAUUCACUGGAUUUCAGCUCCCUGAUCUGUAUGCCAGGAAGGCCAGUAAAAACCCUGUCCAGUUAUAGUAAUUUAUAGAGGAAGGUACAUGAAUGUCGAAGGUGAAUUUUCCAUCUGUUCUCUCUGCAUGUUCCAGAAUAUUUUUGUCCUUAAGUAGGCAAGAGCCUGGUCCGUGGAUCAGUAGCAUCAGUAUCACCUGGGAGCUCAUUAGAAGUGAAGACUCCUAGGUCUUAUUCCAGAUCUAUUGAAUCUGAAUAUGCAUUUUAACCAGGCUCCUGGGAAGUCUAUGUGCACUUUAAAAUGUGAACAGCACUACUGUCCAGCAGAGGUCCUACAGAGAUCAGUGUGCUUCCUGUUAUUAAUCCAGGUUGAUUUUCAGCUCCACCCCAGGCCUACUGAGUCAGAAUCCCUGAAAUUUUAUUUUUAUUGUUAUGCACAUUACUAUGUGAGAAUCAGCAUACUAGGGAAAGGAGCUCAACUCCUACUUUAUGUAUUUUUCUUCAGAAUAGAUAUCUCUUUUUAUUUUAGAUAAUUCUCCUGUUGGCCAUAAACUGAUCAAUAGGCACAGAUGGGCAGAUUUGCUUUGAAAUAAAUAGUAAUUCUAUAAUGUA